CCACUCUUCAGAUCACAGCAUUCAGCUGCAGUGGCUCAUAUCAGUAAGCUGUAAACAUCUGUCAGAAUCCAUUCACCAGAAAAACACAGGAUGAAGAAGAAACUCAUCAUUGAUGUGGACACUGGGGUGGAUGACGCUAUGGCCAUCAUGGUGGCCCUCGCCAACCCUGAUGUGGAGAUUUUGGGGAUCACCUGCUGCCAUGGCAAUACACCCCUGGAGAACGUCCUCAAGAACACGCUGCGUGUCCUGAAAAUCUGCAAUAGGCUGGAUGUGAUCCUCGUAGCCACUGCCCCCCUCACUAACCUGGCUGUCACAGUGCAGUUGGACCCUUCCUUGCCAAAAAAGCUUAAGGCACUCUACAUCAUGGGGGGAAACACUGAAUCCAGAGGUAACACCUGCCCAAUCUACAUCUCCACCUGGGAGUUCACCUGCAGGAACAGCCUGUCAUGGUGUACUGAAUGAGCGAUUACCCUCAAGGAUCCAGAGAUAUCAUUCGUCUGCAGUUUGGGACAUUUUCUUUUCUUUUUUUUCU